UUGUGGAAUCGAUAGGAGUCGAAACCGCCGGGAAACCGCCAUUGUUGGGGACUGUUUUCGAGCUGCAGGCCCGAAAGCCGCCCACCUUUCACGAAAGCCGCCCGGCUUUCACUUGAUUUUCAGAUUUUUCACUCUUGAACGGCCUAGAACGAGGACAGAUCGAGGGGGUUCCGCUAGGGCAGCUAGUUGAGCACAUCACAAAUUUCAGGUAGAACUUGAAGGUUGCUACCGGUGCCCGUUGUUUCGGGGAUAUUCAAGGGAGAAGACGUGGUUCGUGCUUCUUCUGUUUCCUGUUUUCAAAAUAAUUAUAACAAUGCUCAUGGAUAUUAUUUUUGAACAAUUACUUUGGGGGCUUGUAUGCCUAGUUAUGCCAAGUGUGGCUUGAACAAUUGUAUUAAUGCUUCCGCUGUUUUAAAUGAAUGUUUUACAUUAUGUUUGUUAUGGAUGUACUAUGUGUGAAUGAUAUUCAUGACGCUUUGUAUAGUAUGGAUGAGUUGGACUGCGGUUGACUAUUCGUACUGUACGGCGGGUUGUUGACGAGUUCGGCUAGGUCCGGGGCGUGACAGAACAACGGAGUGUCUAUCCCAAUUUGCAGUUAUGAUAACUCAGAGACUAUUUGUUUGGAUAUCCAGAUGAGAUAUUGGAGAUGAAAUUGUCUGGUCAAAAUGAGUUAUCGAUUGUACUACUCUGAUGUACAUGGGUCGAUCCUGUGAGGGGGGGUGAAAAAACAUCACAAACAUAGCUUACUUGAUGUAAAUCAUGCACGGGUAUAUCACAAAAAUGAGCCGUUCAUUUUAGCUCAACAAGCAGCCCAAGUUUAUUACGCUGACUAUCCGACUACACGUCAAACAAGUUCUCCAUGGGUUUGCGCAUGCACACUUAGACCAAGAAAAAUUGUUUCUCAUGGACAACAUAAAAACGUUGAUAUAUAUUGAUGUUUAUCAACAAGAUUUUUUUGAUCCCCCGAUUACUGACACCAUGAAUGGAAACAUUAUUUUGGAAGAUUCAACUGGUGCAGAAAUAGACCUUGACCUUAAUGAAGCCAAUGAUGGUCCUAAUGGAAAUCAAUACGAAGAAGACUGGAACUUUCUCACAGAAGACACAAAUGAAGAAGAUUAUGUUGACAAUGAGGAAUCCGAAGACGAAGAUGAAUAAUUUGUAAAUCUAUUUUUCCCAUUUCAUUUUAUAUGUACUCAAUGUACUUUUAUUAAAACAUUAUUGUAUUAAUAUUUUUUACUUCGUUUGAAUUUUUAUGUUAUGGUCUUGUCUGGUCUGGUCUGGUAAAUAUCUGGUCUCUGUGUAUUUUACAACUAUCUAAGUUUGAUCUAGAUUAGUCUAGCCUAAUAUAAUCUGAAUUAUUUUGAUCUGAAACUAAAAACAGUCCAAGCAAAAACAUAAAUAUAUAUAUUUAUAUAUUAUCCCCACAAAUAUAAUUUAGAAAAUGAUAAUAUAUAUUAUCCCCAUAAAUAUAAUUUAGAAAAUGAUAAAAAAAAUAGUACUACCUCCGAAUUAAAGGGUUGUAUUAGUCAUAUUAAAUUGUCAUAAGAACACACACACCCAAACCAGAUGAAUUUUUGAUAAUACAAAUUCAAAAUUCCUAAUAUAUUUGUUAUUGUUGAACAAAGAUUUUUAAUUUUGAAUAUGGAAUCUGACGGUCUUAUGGACGCAUUUUCAGUUUGGCACAGACCAACUCCCAUCCUAAACCCACCCAAUUAAGUAAUUUAAGCCCGAAAUAGUAGUUUGGAAUGGAAUGGACUGCGUUUAAACCGAGCCAAAUGUGGCUUGACCGUCGGAGCUGACAACCUAAGUAAUUGGAGCUUUUGGCUCGGAAAAUACCGUCGCAACGGCAUCCCAAAGUAACUCUAACCGUUCGAUCUGACACCUUGGUAAAUGGUGAUGUUGGCACGGAUCAUUUCCGAGGCAACACCGAAAAUUAAAGGGCGGCGGAUUAGGUUGGAACGGAUUAUGCCUUACCAAUUCCGAGCCAAUGUCUGAAGUACAUAAAGUGUACAUAGACAUUUCUCGCAGUAUUGAAUCCCUAGCAGAGAGUGGCCUCCGGCCUGCACCAGUGCGAUAGCCAGCGACGUUUCCAACAACAAAAUCAAACUCCCAUCCUCUUCGUGCCUUGCCAUUUGUCCAGCAUCUCCAUCCACGCCUCUUCUCCAACAUCUCCCGCCAGCAUCUGUAGCCUCUGCUUUGCCGCACAGUUUAAAAUGGCAGGAAACACAAAAGCACAGAUCGAUGAUGCCAUCUACUCUCAAAAAAAAUGGAUCAAGGUGCUGGACAACAACUUCCAGCUAGACCUUGCAGUCUUCAAAUGCCAGAACCCGAUCGUUCCAGCCAUCAUGAAUGGUCACUAUCUCUGGCCUGCACUUCACAACUCAAAACCGGUGCCAGAGAUAUACCUACAACAGUUCUGGGGGCACAUGCAUACAAAAUCUCCGAAAGAUCGCUCAAAAAUAAAGACCAAGCUGAAUGGUAUGCGCGUGAUCCUGACGCCAUCAACACUACAAUCUACAUUAGCGCUGCCAGUCCGAGAUACAUAUGAUGCGCUACCGUCCAUUCCCGAUCUACUGAAAGACAUAGCAUCACUAGGCUACACGUCUCUACUGCCACAACUGUCAAACUUCAACGGCGCGUAUCUCAGUCACCCGUGGAAGAAUCUCUUCGGGCUAGUGAACAAAUGCUUGUCUCCAAAGCUUGCUGGCUUCGACAAAUGCAACAAGCAAAUUCUGCUAGUUUUCCACGGGAUUGCCUUCAACAAACAUUAUGACUUGGCAAAGCUCUUCUUCUCAGAGCUAAUGGACCUGGUCAAGGCCAAAGAAAAGAAUAGGCCAGGUACCAUUCCAUACGCUAGAUGGCUCGGGCUGAUCAUACACGACUGCAUGGCAGAGCACGUCUCCAUACCAAGACGCAGUACUGAUCCUCACUUCACAGCACCGAAGCUACAGUACUUCAAAGCAGACAAGAAUCCUACUUAUGGUCUGAAGAUACCUGGAUUUCUGCUAAAGCUGGUAAAAUCUUCAAAUCCAGCAGUCCAACAAUACAAAGAAGCCUCAGAGAAGACCGUCCCUAUGGUUCAGCAAAACCCAGCUGGACCUACCCAAGGGACAAAGCCGAGUGUGAGUAAGGGUCCCAAGAGAGCCCAAAAGCCACAGAAACCAGUGGCCGGUUCGCCCAAUGAAGGAAAGUCUGACGACUCUCUUGAGACGAGUCAGGCGGCUGAGGGCACCGAAAAAGACGCUGAGGAAACGGCCAAUGAAUCGUCAAGUGAAGCCCAAACAAACACUGACGACGAGGCUUCCGAGAGCGUGGGCACGGAGAGCGGAGAAUCUGGCUCGGAUGAUGACGAUGAUGACAACGAUAGUGAUGAUGUGGAGCUCACUUAUGCCCUGAUCAGAAAAGGGAAGCUGCCAGUCGAAUCUCCGAAGAAGAGAAGAAUUACUGCUGAAGACGCAGCACCAAUUAUAGCUGGCAGACCUCAAGUCUUCACGAUCAAAGAAAGAGCUAAACCGAGAGCCGAUCCCAGCGAGACAAAUUGCUCCAAGGAUGACUAUGACGAGGCGGCUCAUUCGAUUAAGGCAUCAAUCAACUCGGAAGAAGUCGUCAUCCGAGAGACCAGGGCAAAGGUCAAGAAUGACAAGGCUGCCAAGGCCAAGCCCCAGCCCCAAGCCAGAAAGAGCCUGUUUGAUAAAGCAGACGAGCACAUCUUCGCGGGCUGCGACUCCUUUAUCCAGAUAAGCCGAGCCGAAUCCCUAAGCACAGGAGCUGAUCUUUUCGGUUCCCGGGUAGAAGUCGCAGCAUCUGGCUCAACUGCGCAUGCACAGCCCUCUCAAAAGGCUAUUGUUUCAAAAGAACGGGACUCAACCCCCCCGCUGGUUCCUUCUGAAUCAGUUGAGCAUACAAUUGACCUAUCUCCCGAGGUCAAAACCCCUUCUUCUCUCACAUCGAGUCUAGGUGUCACAUUCCCCACAUUUUCUUCAUUUUCUAGGACACCUACACUAUUCACUGCACAUACAGGUGCACUCACCCUGAACGCAACAACCAGAGCGCAAGCUAUGACGGUUGGAAGCCCUGCUACGCCCAUAAUGAUUCCAUCAUUAAAUGCAGACCACACAUCAGCAAUCUUCACUGAUGCUGUGUCAACAGUUACAACCCCCGUAACUGGUCACCCUACCUUUGAAGACGUAAACGUUCUACUGAAUCGCUUCCUGGAUUCCACCAUUAAGCCAUGGGUGCAAGAUGCAAUGACCGCUCUAGCACAGGAAUUUAGGACCACCCAAGCGGUUCGGUCUGAACAAACACCACCCCAACCUUCCCCUGAACCGUUCAUCUCCCAUACACAACCCAUAUCCUCCACCCCUCUAUCCCACCAAUCCAUAAACCAAAUUCCUAUCCCUUCUAUUUCUCGGGGAACCCAGGAUACAGAACCAGUAUUCUCCCCACACCCGACCACACCCUCCAUCGAUCUCUCCUCACUAUCCUUUGACACACUAGCUUCGGCUUUGCUGAACAACCUCUUAAACACCCCAGAAGACAACCUCACUCUUCAUCAGCAAGCCAUACUUGAAGCCCUUCUUUCUUCACUCGAAACCAAGAGCACUUGCAAGGAGAGUCUUCGUGGUCGCAAAUGUUCCCAUGAGGACCCCGAUGAUUCGGAUCCUCAUGAGGGGGAGAACAAGCGACCUCGAUCACUUGAGCAAACUGCUCUACCAAGCCAAACUCCACAGCCAAUCCAACCUGAAACCUCAACAAACCAACAGCCACCAUCCACAGCCAAACUAUCUAGCAUGGUCGAGCUAGAAAUAACAUCCCGAGGCGUAUCUCCCAGAGAUACCAACCGAGGAGGGGAUGGAAGUCCUGAUGAUGUUACCACUGGUACAUCUUCUCCAUCAGGCCGUCAGUUCGAACCCAGUUCUAAGCUGAUGUCAACGGGCAAUCCCAGUGAACUCGGUAGUGCUACACAGGAACAAUCACCGCCUGAACAAAGAAUUCCAUAUAUUUCCCCAGGCAAAGACAUCCAUGAUGCACUGGAAGAGGCGGUGAUAUAUGACAAAUGGCCAAGAAAAUGGACAGAAUGGGAUGAUCUUCGGGUUGAAGCCGAACAAGAGGACAUGCAAAGAAACUGGUGGCUACGAGAGCUAAUCAACAAAUGCUCUGAAGAUAUUAUAAGGCUCGAGGACGAUGAACGCAAGGAAGGGGAGAAUUACAAAGAAUCCCAGAAGACUCUAGAAUCGGUCGUAAGACAAACAGCGGGAAGACUUCCCAAGACAGAGAAACCCUGGGAUAAUGUUCGCAUCAAAGCCCCCUUCAAAGAAGAAAUCAGAGAGCAUAUCUGGCGUAGACCAGACAGAGUCAAGCCACUGAAUGAACUGAAGCUAAGAGGUCUUACUCACUUAAAAGGAAAGCAGGUUGGAGGUCAUCUGCAUAUGUUGCUACAAAGGUCAACCGGUACACAGAGAGAACUGAUGGAACAAGAUCUGAAGUCGAAUAUUCUCCCGAUUCAUCAAAUUCUGCAAGUGAAGGCUGAAGACUAUCAUGGAGUAACAUUCUACACUUACAGACUUCAACGCACUGAUGGGAGCGAAUUUACUUGUCAAGAGAACGACUUCAUAAUGCUGAAACCGGAUGACAUCUACCAAAUGUUCAUGGCCUACAGAUACCUUCCAGUCAGGCAGAACAUAAUAUACAGCGAAGGCCUCGCAGCUAUCAAGAGAUUCAUGCUUAGACAAAUUCGAGUACACUCUUCACACGACCUACAGAUGGCUAUUGAGUGCAAUCUGAAAAAGACAAAUCUGACAAAGCCAAGACUGUAUGGUCCAGAACUUGAAGAUUUCCCAGCCUACCACAUCUUCUUCACACCGCCAGCAGUCACCUAUCUGAACCACAAGAACGAAAAACGUUUGAUGGUAGUCAGUGAGAUUGAGAAGUACUGUGACGGAACACUGAAGAUAAUCAAAGAGCAGAUUCUAAAGAUGAAGGCAAAGCUAGAAGAAAAUCUUCAAGAGGCAUCGUCUUAUGUUCAAAAGGAACACUCUACUGUAGAGACAAUUUUAAAGGCCAUUGACGAUCGCCUCGAAAAGAGAAAUGUGCUGAGGCAAUAUGAGCAUGCACUUGGUAUGAGGAAGCACUACUUCAAGUCUCAGAAGCAAUAAGAGGAUGACACUUGAUCACAAAGGGGGAGAUUGUUGGAGAUAUUUAAUUGUGAAUCAAGUUGGUCAUAGAUUAGAUUUAUAUUUAAUACUUGUAUUUAAUUAGUGCAUGAAUUAGAUAGAAAUCAGGCCAAGUGUUAGGCCCAUAUAAACAGGCUAAAAGCCUGGUACGCCUAACCUAAACCUCGCCUAUAAAAAGGGAGCCGAGGUUUAGGAAUAAAAAGAACGUCGUACUUAUUAUUCAUAGCCUUACGCAUAUCAUUCUGUUGUACGUGUCCACGGUUUAUCAAAGAAGGUUUUACGGUGAUUCAUUCUGUGUUCAUCUUUACGUUUAAUCUUCCUUGUUAGAUCGAUUAUUCAUUGCUGUUACAGAAACAGGGACUAACCGUUUUCUUCUUUGCGGAGUAAUUUAUCUCUUAUUUUCGCAAUGUGUUAUUAGAGCUACAAUAUUUCUGUUGUGUACCAUUUGUUUCUCGUAUCAUAUUUUAAUAUAUCGAAUUUAUUUACAAAUAUGAUUUAGUACAAUGUCAUGCCUAAGGGGAAGUUGGAACUCUGCAAGUUCUGGUCAUGGGCGCGGUUGAGAACGUGGGGAAUGUCCUGGGAGGCCCGCUCUCGUAAUGAAGAGCAAAACUCUCCACUGUCUGAUUCACAUGAAUCUGUCCAAUUGAGAGUUGUUGAACAAGAGAUUGGUUCUGGUUCUGGUACGCUUGAUCCUCCUAUUUCUAAAAUUUGGAUCAUUCCUGAAGAUAUGUCAAGGUAUUUGUUUUUAAUUUGGGUAAUCAGAAAAAUACUUUGUUUUUCUUGACUGUGACUUAUUUGUGUUUGCUGUAAUGUUAGUUUUUAAUUUGGUUUUCAAAUAAUUUAGCAAUCCUGCUGUGCUUGACACCAUUAUCCACUUUAUGACCACUAACUACCAUGGAGCUUGGCCUUCUUAUCAUCAAGCUUCUGAGGCAGUAAGGGAGCAUUGGUGGCAUUUAUUCUCGAUAUGGGUUCCAAUAGUUUUUAAAUUGUUCUGAAAAUCAUUGUUUUAUCUAAUAUGCUUUUCACAUUGUUCUAAUUUGAAUGAUUAGAACAAGUAUGAAUGGGAACCCCGUUUCACCAAGAAAAUAAAAAGGAUGCAUGGUACUCGGGCUUCUGGAUUGUUGAGUAAGAAUCUCGGCAGGGCGGCGUCUGAUACUAAACCAGAAUGGAUCUCGGAGGCUGAUUGGGCUACUCUGAAGGAAUAUUAGAGCACAACUUCUUUCAAGAAAAAAGCGAGGCCAGGUCAAAAAACAGGAACUCUGACGCUGCUAAGCACUCUCAAUACAGGGGCGGUCGUAUACCAAUGUCUGUCCACACUAAAAAAAUGGCUCAAAGUUUGAAACGUAAACCUUUGAGAAUUGAAGUUUUUGAAAAAGUGUUGUCCGAAAGUUGGUGAUCCUCCACUUCGGGUGGUUGAAACCCGGAGGAAAUAUAAUGAGUUGAAAUCUCAAGCUGAAUCUGAAGGGAAGUCCUACUACACCGUCCCACAGUAUAGGGGUCGCCGGUAUGGGACAGGGUGUGAAGCCAUGAACUUAAUUGACUGAUAGUGAUGGUUGUAGCGGAGCUGGUGGACUGAGUCAAGAGGAUAUCGAUGUGAUUGUGUAGGAAAAGGUUGAAGCUCGCUUUGCCGAACAGGUGACCCUUAUUUGACAUGCCCCAAAUGGCGUCGGCCGGACAGAGCAUCCUAAAUAUGGCCUUAUUUGACAUUUUUUUUCAAGUUUGAGGCCCUAUCUGACCCUUAUCCCAAAAAUAUAUUAGCCGUACUGUGUACGACAUAUUUUUUUAAUUUAUUUUGUUUAUUGGCACGGAUGAAUUCCCAUCCAUAUCCAUCUUCAUAUUCAAAUGAUAAACGGUUACUUUUAGCUCGGAAUUCAGUUGGCAGGGCAUCAUCCUAGACAAACUCGUUGGUGACAUAAUCAACAGUUGUCUCAGUUUAUCGGAGCCAAACGCGGAGACAAACGUUGGAACGGAAGCCGAAAUCGAUCCAACACAUUUGGAAGGGCCGUAGUGUCACACAUUUUGAAACCCUGCCAAACACCGUGCCAAACCCGUUAGACUCAGAAUAGUGGCUUGAUUUCAAUGCCAAAAUCCUUGCCUAAUAGGAGCUUUUUUGUAUUGUAUAUUAAUAUAUACUACAUCCCUUCCACUAACAUUGAGAUAAGAUGGGU